GUAAGAGGAUUGUCCAAUCGGAAACUAGCGCAAGAAGCGUACGACUCCAUAAAGCAAGCGUUGCUGGAUUACUGCUUCAACGUUUACCCCAACGUGCAGAAUAAAUUCGGCAAAUUGCUGAAUUUGUUGCCGGAGUUGAACAUGCUGUCGACGCGAGGAGAAGAAUUUUUGUAUUAUGAGCACAUCAACGGGAAUGCGCCGACUCAAACUCUGCUCAUGGAAAUGUUGCAUGCAAAGCGGAAGUAAUUUCGGGUCUGGAGAUGCAGAGGGAGAAAAGAGAAGAAAAAGAACGUUUUAAACCUCGGAACACACAAUUCACACACACAUACACCCGAGGCAAACCGGACCGGAUGAACCCGCCUUCUUUUGUAUCCUAUUUAUUGAGAAAAAAGCCAAACCGCGUUUCGUUUUUAGACAGUUUUUAUUUCUGCUGAAGAGAGAAACGAAGACGUCUUUUUCUCCAAGUUUCUCAAAGUGUCCCGCCUUUCGGCCAGUUUUCGUCAAGGAGGAGGAGAAGGAGGGUGUUCUGAAAGAGAAAUCUUGGUUUUAAAAUGUCCCUUCUCUUCCGCUAAAAAACUGCAAGCUACACGCUCGAAGUUUCGUGUAAUGAGAUGACUGCCGAAGAAGUUGGGGGAAGACGAUGAAAGACGCCUUGUUUCGCCGCUGCGACUGAACACUGCCAAGUUUUGUAUGCCGCAAAGGGUUUUUUCACGAUGACUUUUCGUCCACAUCGCUUUAGUCCUUCUCCUCUGCUCGUCGUUUUCUGAGCGGGAGAGAAGAAAGGAAAGAAAAACUUCGAAGACUGCCGAUGGAAAGAAGGUCCGCCAUUUCGUUGGUGCUGCAACUUGCCCAUCUUUCUUGUCCCCCGCAGACACGUCAGGUUGUCCGGUCCACGUUUGUCCGCUUGUCUUGAGAUGAUUAUUUUUCGGCCUGAAUCUCAAGUUGAACGUUUUACUUUUUUUUUGGUUCAUCACCCGCGUCCCGAAGUAAGAGUGGGUUAGUUCAUGUUUUUAUCACGUUUUAAUAUUUUAGAGGAGGAAAAAAAAGCGGUAGAAUUGUACUUUUUCUCAGUACAUUCCCGAGGGAUUCUGAGGGCAUUGAUUCAAUAUUUUUUAGAGGAGUAAUGACUCGCUCUUUUUCCUGCUGGAAGCUCGACGAGCUCGCAGGCGUCUUAUCUUCUGCUCCGGUCUUUUCCUGCAAUGGUUAAUCUUGGUGCCCGAGCCCUCAGGAACACUGUUCUUGGUCUUCGCUCUGGCUUGGCAGAAGAACCUCGCUCAAAAGUUAUCCUUUCCCUUCGUUCGCUGUUUCUUCGACGACUAACAUUUCAUUUCGCGAGAACAGGGACCAAUGUUUUAGAGGAAUGCGGACUCGCGGAAAAAAAAACGGGUCCCGCCUUGCGAGGGCUUUAAAGGCUUCGAUAACGCGGAUUUUCUGUUCAGUUCAAGUCCUACUCUUACCAGUCUGUUGGGAAAUUUGCAGUGCGCUGAUAUGUUUUUUUUUCGCACCAGCAGAAAAAAGUUACCAGGUAUAUUUGUGGAUCUGCGUGGGAGGGGUUGAAUGGCACCGGGAUUUGCGGGCUGACGAUGUCUGUUUUUUUCUGUUCUUGUUAAUUUUUGGCAAACGAGCGUGAAAAAAAUGUUUUUUGGGCAGGAUUCGCGGAACCUGACGUGGACUCGGGAGAUGUCGUUUCUCGUAGGAUUUAGGUGAUUACCAUGAUCAGUUAUUUCCAUUGCCCACAAAUUUUGAAUGCUGAUGGAUUCUGGAAAGAUGAUCGCGUUUGGUUUAUUUUUUGAGCGUGGAUUAUUGAACCUAUGUGCUUUGACUUCUUCGUCUGUUGAGGAGGAAUAGGCUUCGCUCUCCCCUUUUAUUUUAAAUUUCCGACCGUUAACGUGGAUGAAAACUUAUCUACCGGGGAAAAGAUUUCGGUUGAUUUGAUUUCGGGCGGAGGAAGAUGAAAGGUCGGCAAGAACAUUCCUUGUUUGGGCGACGAGACGGAAGGAUGGAAAGAUGGUUCUCAAGAUAUAAACCCGCACUGCCCGAGUUUUUUGAUCUGUUGAUGCUUGGUUUUUUCUAGGAGUUGUGCUUGACGAAAAAGAGGGGGAUUUUUUGGAAGAGUGUUUGUCGCAGAAACGCCGUUUUUUUUUUUUUUUUUUUGAAGAGAACAUUUUUGUACUGAUGCCGUGGGUAACAGGAACUUUCUUUCGUAGGCUUUUCUUUUCCGUUCUCCGGUUUGUGACUGGGAGGUUUGAGUGGUUACUCCCCUUUCGCUUUGAGGAGGAAAACGGCUGGUAAUGUUUCUUUUCAUAUUUCGCAGGAAGAAAAAAAUUUAUUUUCCGGAUCGUAGGGCCUGUAAAACGGCCGAUUUCUCGAGCAACGUAGAUGGGAUAUAUUUUGGUAAAAACGGGCUCUGUUCCACUACUGUCCUCGCGAUGAUGAUCCUCCGAUGAAGGACUUUUUUCAUUUCCUGGGAAUUGCUGCUGUGGGCAUUGUCAGGGGGAAGCUCAUAUUUAUUAAAAAGAAAAACAAGGCGGGCAGGUGGCCUCAACUGUUUCUUAGCCCAGAAAAAAGUCUAUUUCGGCCGACCGUUUAUUUUGCGUGCGUGAAGGGUUUUUUUGCCACCUUCUUCGGCGUGCCGAGCGUUUUAUAUCCGGGAUCCUCCUCGUUCCUCCUACACUUGCUCUCAGGGAUUGCUUCCGUGGAACCCGGGGGGUCCUGAGUUCAUGUUUCACUCCAAAUCUGUCUAUGAUUGUUGGAAACCCAUGAAAGCCCACAGUGUGUGUUUGACACCUUUACGUUUUCGCUCUUAACUUAUUUUUCCUUGCUGUUUUCGGAAACUAGAAGCAGUCCCUCUUGUUUUUUUUCGUCUGUAUACCCGGUCGAUGGAUGGAAAGUUGAUUUAACGAGCGUUUUCAGGUUAAAAUUCAGUCGUGCGAAAUGGCGCUGAUUUUUAGGUUACCUCAUGGGCUUCCAACAAGAAGAAAGGUUUCGAAAGGACGUACCAUUUUGUCGGUGUUACCAAUUUUGUUGUUUCUGUCGUACCUAUUGAUUUUUUUCUUUCUUUCUUUAUUGGUGCGAAUCGGCGUGCGAGUGGCUGCUGCAUUGUCCUUCCCUGGUGUGUGCUUCUUCUGUUUUUUUUUUCUUUUCCAAAUAGAAUAUCUUGGUGUUUUGAAACGACCAUCGCGGCUGUUAAGCUUUCAAUUUUUUUUUCUGAGAUCGACUUACCGAGUUGAGCCGCUUGUCCUCGAAGAAGGAAAAGAACCGAGAAUGUUUAGGUACCAAAAGUUGUGAAAUAUGAUUUCCGCGGAAGGAAAAAAAGAAGAGGUUUCGUUUGAUAUUGUGUUUUCACUGAGCACCUGAUCGAUUGUUCUUAUUUUUUAAAGAUGUUCCUUUUUUUCCGCGCCUGGCGUUUCAUUUUCUGUGAAGCUGAACCAUGCGAAGCGUAGUUACCGUUUCUUUGAACGAUCCUUUUUGUAUUUUUCAUACGGGCAAGAUUGUGCGAUUCUCGUAGACAAAUCUGAAAUGGAAACGUCUGUCUGGCUCCGAUUGUCUUUUUUCUUCUUUCUCGAUUUUUUGCUUGUCUCUUCUGAUGGGUCGAUGAAGGAUAAUAAAAGGUGUUGAUUAAAUGAGA